AAAUGGCGGUGGUUGUUUGGUAACCAAGACGCCGUGCAUGAUCUCCAAGAUGGCGAAAAAUGAGUAAAGAAAAGUGUUGAAGGUGCUACAUUAAAUCAUUGUCAGUAAGUGAUCUGUUCUGAGCGUAAACGUGUGCGGACAUGUCUAACGUUGAGGACGAAGAAUUAACACUGGCCUUGAUCAUAUAUUACUGCCAAGAGAAGUAUUCCAGUCAUGUCUUGAAUGUUUCAAGUGAAGCCCAACGAAAAUUCAGCAAUGAUUCAGUCUUCAUAUUCUUCCAUGCCUAUGGUCUUCUCAUGCAAGAUCAUGUUCAGGAGGCCAUUCAGGAGCUGGAACAGGUGAGGGACAGGAGAGAUGUGUCUUUGUGUACGUUGAUGGCUCUGGUCUAUGCCCAGAAGAAAAGACCUCACCCAGACAGAGAUACCAUCCAGGAGCUUGAUGCAAGGGUUAAGGAGGAUCGUAAAAGUGCCAGCCCAAAAGCUCUGUACCAUGCUGGAAUGUUCCUGUGGCUCCUGGGCCGCAAUGACAAGGCCAGGGAGUAUGUGGACAGGAUGAUCAAAAUUUCUAGUGGCUCCACAGAGGGGAUUAUACUGAAAGGGUGGAUAGACUUGACUUCUGGUAAAGACGCCUAUGCCAAGAAGUCUGGAAAGUACUUUGAUGAAGCCCUAAAAGAGAAAAUCAACAUUUUUGCUUUAAUGGGAAAGGUGCAGUAUUAUGAGUUCCGUCAGAAUUACUCUGGUGCUUUAGAGAUAGUUAACCAAGUCAUUGUGAGUUACCCAUCCUUCAUGCCUGCUCUGGUGAAGAAGAUGAAGCUUCUGCUGAGCCUGCAGGACUGGGAACAGACUGUGGAUGCUGCUCAGAGGCUUCUUCAAAGAGACAAAAACAAUCUGGAGGCUCUAAGAAUGCUGGCACUGCACUCUCUCUGCAGAGAGGGAGACAUUGGGGAGUCAGUGAAGCAGCUGUUGAACCUCAUUAGCAAUAUGGACACCCAAGAGCCCAACAACUCAGAGCUCCUCUAUAGAAUGUCUUUAGCUUUCACCCGAGUGUGUGGUAGAGCAGAAAAGGUGCUGCAGCACACCCAUAUGAUGGUAGAGCGGUCAUUCUCCCAGACAUCACGUGAUGCAGAGCUGGCCACUGAGCUGGGCUACCAGUUGGUCCUGCAGGGAAGGGCCAAAGAGGCCAUAAAGUGGUACCAAACUGCCAUGAGUCUGGACGAGAGCAGCGUCUCUGCUCUGAUAGGUAUUAUACGCUGCCAGCUGAGUGAGGGGCAUCUGGAGGAUGCCGAGCAACAGCUCGAGUUCCUCACAGAGAUCCAGCAGUCUAUCGGCAAAUCAGCGGAGCUGCUGUAUUUGCGGGCAGUGCUGGCCACUAAGAAACGGAGGUCUCAGGAUGAAGUGACUAACCUGCUGAAUGACACCGUGGACACGCACUUCUCCACUCUUCAAGGUCUGCCACUGAGUGUAGAAUACUAUGAGAAACUCAACCCUGACUUUCUGCUGGAGAUUGCCAAAGAGUACUUGGUUCUCUGUCCUGCCAAGCCUCCAGCCCAAGGUCAGGCCCCUGCACCUCAGCUGCAGCACUGUGCCUCUGUGCUGGACACUGUGGUCAAGAUUGUCCCUGGACUCCUCCGUGCAGUGUUUCUGAUGGCGAAAGUCAGGUUCUUGUCAGGUGACAUAGAGGCAGCUCAAAGCAGUUUGCAGCACUGUUUGGAUCAGAAGCCCUCCUUCGCUGAUGCUCACCUCCUCAUGGCCCAGAUCCAUCUCCUGCAGGGCAAUUUCAAACUCUCCUCCCAGUCUCUGGAACUCUGCCUUAGCCACAACUUUGAGGUGAGGGAGCACCCUCUGUAUCACCUGAUUAAAGCACAGGCUCAGAGGAAGAUGGGCGAGCUGCAGGAAGCCAUUCAGACACUGCAGUUGGCCAUGAGUCUGCCAGGCGUGAAGAGCCUUGGCUCUGCUGCCAAAAGCAAGGCCAGGAGAGUGGAGCUCAGUGCGGCAGAUUGUGUAUCAGUGUAUCUGGAGCUUGCUGAGGCGCUCUGGCUCAAUGGAGAACAGCAUGAGGCAGCUAAAGUGAUGCAGGAUGCUAUAAAUGAGUUCACGGGCACUCCUGAGGAGCUGCGCGUCACCAUCGCCAAUGCUGACCUUGCGCUGUUGCGUGGAGACACAGAGCUCGCACUGAGCAUGCUCAGAAACAUCACACAAGAUCAGCCCUACUACGUGCAGGCCAAAGAGAAAAUGGCUGACAUCUAUCUAAACCACCGGAAGGAGAAACGUCUCUAUGUUAGCUGCUACAGAGAUUUGGUGGAAAAGAUGCCCAGCUCACAUACAUGCCUCCUAUUAGGAGAUGCCUACAUGAACAUCCAAGAGCCUGAGCUGGCCAUUGAGGUGUAUGAGCAAGCUUUGAAGAGAAACCCUAAAGAUGGUGCUGUGGCAAGUAAGAUUGGAAAAGCUCUUGUCAAGACCCACAACUAUGUUAAGGCCAUAAACUACUAUGAGGCGGCACUGAAGAGCGGUCAGCAGAACUUCCUGUGCUAUGACCUGGCUGAGCUGCUUAUGAAGCUGAGACAGUAUGAACGCUGUGAGAGAGUUCUUCAUGAAGCUCUCACACAUGACCCCGUGAAUGAACUGCCAUUGCUAACUGAAGACUGCCGUUACCUUGUACUGCUUGCCAAGAUUCAGAGCAAAGUCAAUAAAAAUGAUGAGGCUUUGCUUUCUUUGCAUCGUGCACGGGAUGUACAGGCAAAGGUGCUGAAGCGUGUUCAGUUGGAGCAGCCUGACGCCGUGCCCAUGCAGAAGCAGCUCGCUGCCGAGAUCUGUGCCGAAAUCGCCAAACACUGCAGCAACCAGCGUGGCUACGAGAGGGCUGUCAAGUUCUACAAAGAAGCGCUUGUGUACUGUGAGAGUGACAGCAAGGUAAUGUUAGAGCUAGCUCAGCUGUAUCUCACUCUGGACGAUGUAGAGGCCUGUCAGCAACAGUGCAGUGUCAUCCUGAAGAAUGACCAAGUCAAUGAAUCUGCAACACUGAUGAUGGCUGACCUGAUGUUCAGGAAACAAGACUAUGAGCAAGCCGUCUUCCACUUUCAGCAGCUGCUGGAGAGGAAACCAGACAACUACCCAACACUGUCCAGACUGAUUGACCUGCUGCGCAGAGCUGGCAAACUGGAGGAGGUUCCCAGAUUUCUGGAGAUGGCUGAAAAACACUCACCCAGGGCCAAGUUUGAGCCUGGAUACAACUACUGCAAAGGCCUUUACCUGUGGUACACGGGGGAGCCCAACGAUGGCUUACGUCACUUCAAUAAGGCUCGCAAGGACAACGACUGGGGGCAGAAUGCAGUGUACAACAUGAUUGAGAUUUGCCUGAACCCUGACAAUGAGACGAUGGGAGGCGAGGUGUUUGAGAACCUGGAUGGGGACAUGGGGAACUCUACAGAGAAGCAGGAGUCAGAGCAGCUGGCUGUCCGAACAGCAGAGAAGUUGCUGAAGGAGCUGAAGCCACAGACCCCUCCGGGCCACGUGCAGUUGCGUAUUCUAGAGCACUACUGUUACCUGGCCACCAAGCAGAAAGCCAACGUGGAGAAAGCUCUUGGAGUGUUCACUGAGAUCGCAAACAGUGAGAAAGAUCACGUUCCUGCACUGCUGGCUAUGGCCACAGCUUACAUGAUCCUGAAACAGACUCCACGAGCCAGGAACCAGCUCAAACGCAUUGCCAAGAUGAGCUGGAACAUCAUUGAUGCAGACGAGUUUGAGAAAAGCUGGCUGCUCCUGGCAGACAUCUAUAUCCAGUCAGGCAAAUACGACAUGGCAGGAGAGCUCCUGAAGCGCUGCCUGCGCCACAAUAAGUCAUGCUGCAAAGCAUAUGAAUACAUGGGUUACAUCAUGGAGAAAGAGCAGUCAUUCAGGGAUGCAGCUAUGAACUAUGAAAUGGCCUGGAAAUAUGGCAAUCAGACCAACCCAACCAUAGGGUACAAGCUUGCAUUCAACUAUCUGAAAGCAAAGAGACAUGUGGAUGCCAUAGAUGUUUGCCACAAAGUCUUGGAUGCGCACCCAAACUAUCCCAGGAUAAGAAAGGACAUCUUGGACAAAGCAAGAGCUGCUUUAAGAUCCUAACUCUGUGUGUGUGUGUGUGUGUGUGUGUGUGUGUGUGUGUGUGUGUGUGUGUGUGUGUGUAUGUGCGCGCACUUAAUCGUACAUCAAAAACUAUGUUGAAAAACAAUGGUGUUCAUAAAAAAAAAGUGAUCUACUUUUGUAUUAAUUUGUUGUUGCUGGAUAUUUUUGUGUGGACAGUAAGUCAUAUUUCCUGAUGACUAGGCUACACAUGAAGUAAUCUGUCUGGAAAAAAUGUUACAUUAAAAAACUAAUAUGGCUUACCAUAAUCAGUCAA